UGUGAAUGAUGCUUUUGUUUCCUUUAAAGUACUGAAAUACCUCCUGUAGUGCUGAACUGGAGCGGUCCCAAUCGCGACCAUCUGCUCCACUUGGUUAACUGUACCAUGGCAGUGGUGCAUUCUCUCGACUAUAGAUUGAAACACAAGUGAAGGAUGUUGCAGACCGCUCCACCCCUCCCACACAGCCUGUGUCGAGACCCAGCGCCUCUCCGCUCCAUCUGAGUGAUGAGAGACCGUUCAGUCGUUCUCCUCUGAACACACCCUACCCUCAGACGGGACACACCUGGGGAGAGGUCAUAUCAAAGCGGGGAUUAAUCCGACAUGGCACGUUUCAAGCAAGAACAGUGAUAUUUCUGCGGGCUGCGUGGAAGAAAAUACUGGAAUGACUUGUGCGCGGAGGAAAACAGUGACGGACGACGUAAAUAUUUACAUGCCCUUGUUCACAGCGGCACUGCUCGCCGUCGACUGAACUCACACAGAAACCUACAUCGUGUACCUAUGAGAGACUGCAGAGGAACUGCGAUGUUAACACGUACAAACAACGCCUGAAAUAAAAAUACGGGCGGAAAACGAAUCAUCCUUCCGUAAGAUCGUACUAGAUUUCUGUUAAACCGGACUGUGAGAGUUUCUGGACGUUUGCGGGACUGCUCUUCUUUAAUGUGCGGUCAUGCUGCAGGCAUCAUCAGAUCUGUUCCCUACCUGAGGGAAUCGAGGAUUACUGGAGUUUCUGACAGAAGAGAUAAAACAUGACCUAAUUGGAAUGAGAUACGAGAAGUUUGGAAUGAAACACGCAGUGUUUUGCCGCCUUAAAAAAUUCUAAAUAAUCUGACGUGUGCAAACGGAGGAUUCUAAAGAGUAAACAAAUGACGUUACACGAGUCAGCGGUGGAGGAUGUAAAAGUUAAACGUUACGUGUGGUAAACUACAGUUUUUGUGGGAAAUUGGAUGAGAAAUGUGCGCAGCGCAGUUAACUUUUAAAGUAAUUUUCUGAGUGUAACCGGUUUCCAAACGGUCUUUUGGCAGUUAACCGUCAAGACGGUUUAAACAAAACAAAACUAUUUUUGUGACAUAUUUGUGAUGUGUAUAACCAUGGUAAUGUGAUAAGACAGUACAGUGUUUUAUUGAUGCACCGCCCCAUACAAACAUGCAUGAGCAGCUGUUUCUAUGGUUACAUACGCAGAAGCCAUUUCUGUUCGCGUAACUUUUGUGGUUACGGAAACGUUGUUUGAACGCUGUUGAAACGCAAAUGCUUAUGUAAGAUACAUUUCUAAGACCCCCAACUUUCGUUUGGGGGGGGAUUAAUGCCUUAAUAAGGGGGUCAUACACAGUGUCGCCAAGUUCGCAGUUACCCCGUGGAAUUGGGCUACUUUAACUCAUGUCUGCGGGUUUAAGCGACCCAAAUAAUGUGAUAUUUAUCCCCUGAAAUGCAAAUUUUACCAGAGGAACCCUACUAAAAAGUGCAUAUUUUACCCCUCAGUGAUUUUUACUGGGGGACCACACUGAAAUGCAGUUGGGCUAGUUUUGAGUAGCAACUGGGUGGGUUUUGUUGCGAAAACCUGGCAACGCUGGUUGUACAUCCGCCCCCAAACCUCCUUGAUAAUUUGCACCCUGUGAAUGAGCACUUGAAAUGCCAUUCGAUGCAAGUUUUUAUAAUUUUAUUAUAUAAAUUCACAUUUUAAUGUAAGUGUAUUUUCUCUGUCAGGUGAGAGAUGACAGGUGUCAGGUGAGCAGAAGGACUUUCAAAACAACUUUAUAGGAACGCUAAGACUUGUUUCUUAUUUUCAUUAGUUUUUUACCUACAACUAAAGGACUUUUAAUAGUUAAAUGUGAAUUCAUUUUGAAAGUAUGCCCAGUCUGGAGGUCCUUUUACGGGGUGAGACUCUAUAACCAAACAUGGGAGCGAAGCAAACGAAGGCCGCGGGACAGGAGGCAGGAGCGAGCCCUCAGAGCACAGGAUGGAAACGGACCCCCACGAAAGAGCGAGGAGACAUCCUUACCUCUUUAAUGUUGAGGUCAGGAGACAAACUGAGGAGCAGCGGGACUCCUCCUCCCUACCAGCGGCGCAUCGGGAUGAUACAAGAGAUGAUGCUGAUGGCAAAGCAGGGGAAACACGACGAGGCGACAGAGAUGCUGAAGACUCUCCGGCAGGAUCUGGGAAUGGAGUCAACCUCUCUGGACGAUGUUCUCUACCGCUAUGCCAGUUUCCGCAACCUGGUGGAUCCAAUUACCCAUGACCUCAUUAUCAGCCUGGCCAAAUAUAUUCACUGCCCAAAGACGGAGGGAGAUGCUUUGGGUGCCAUGGAGAAGGUGUGCCGUCAGCUGACCUACCACCUGAGCCCGCACUCCCAGUGGAGACGGCAGGGGCUGCUGAAGAGGAAGCCACAGGCCUGUCUGAAAUCAGUUCUUUCAAGCCCUCCAUCCGGUGGGACAUUAGAUCUGUCUGGCAUCCCUCUUGGAGUUAAAGACAUGGAACGUCUCUGUGCCUACCUGCAUCACCAUGCAUCCCGCAUCGGCAGCCUAGAGCUGGGCUUCACUGAGCUCACAGAUGAUGCCUUCCUUCUGCUUCUCCCUACACUGGCGUCUCUUCCCCGCCUUGAGACUUUGGCCCUCAAUGGCAACAGACUGACCCGUGCCGUGCUCAAAGAGCUCACGGACACGCUAAAGGACCCGGACAGCUUCCCCAGCGUCACCUGGAUCGACUUGGGGAACAAUGUGGAUAUCUUCUCCCUCCCACAGCCAUUUCUGGUAAGCCUGCGUAAGCGCUGUCCCAAACAGGGCAACCUUCCCACCAUCCUUGAGUUCGGCGAGAGCCAGGCCAGCGAGCCGGAGGGCCGAGUGGAUGAAGACGACGCAGAUGACACAAACAGGACAGAGAGCAUGGGAGAACUCAGAUCUGAGGUAGAAGAAGAGAUCGACGGUGAGAUGGAGAUCGAGGACAUGAUGGAGGAGCUGCUUGACUUUGAUAGGGAGGUCCAGGGCAAGGAGGAUGAGGAUGACAGUAUGUGGACUGUGGAGGAGCAGCGGCUGGUAAAAGAUCCAGUUGCAAAGCAGAGCAAAGAGAAGAGGGCGUCCAAAGCAGAGGGCGAAGAGGACUUACAAAGCCAGUCUUCCCAUCUGUCCUGCUCCAGCCAGUCACAGCACUCUUCUGGAGCCAUCGAGCCUUUAAGAGAAGACUCUGUCCCAGACAAGUUAGCAUGUCAUUCGAACAACCCUACCUGAUUGACGCCACCGUCUAAUUUGAUCUGGUCCCUUUAAGAAAAAGCAUGACAGGCUUGUUUUCAAACAGGGUUAUCCAUGAAGUCAUGAGAUUCAGAAGGUUUUAUAGGGUUGACCAUCAAAGCGGUUGUCUGUUGUUGCAAAGGAGAAAUGAAUCACUUAUGAGGUAAAAAAAUAUCAAGUGUACCUUCUGAUUCAGGUUUUUCCCUUCACUAAUAUGUAAAUGUAUAGAUCCAGUCGCAAAGCAAAUAGAAGAGGGCGUCAAAAGCAGAGGGUGAAGAGGACUUCCAAAGCCAGUCAGCCCAUCUGUCCUGCUCUAGCCAUUAACACCACACUUCUGGAGCCAUCAACCCUUUAAAGGGAUAGUUUACCCAAAAAUGAAAAUUCUGUCAUUAAUUACUCACCCUCAUGUCAUUCCAAACCCGUAAGACCUUCAUCUAUUUUCACAAAUGAAAAUAUUUUACAGUAAAUUACGGUUGAACCACUGAUGUCACAUGGACUAUUUUUGACCCAGGACCACAAAAACAGUCUUACGGGUAUAUUUGUAACAAUAGCCAAAAAUACAUUGUAUGGGUCAAAAUUAUCAAUUUUUCUUUUAUGCCAAAAUCAUUAGGAUAUUAAGUAAAGAUCAUGUUCCAUGAAGAUAUUUUGUAACUUUCCGACCGUAAAUAUAUCAAAACUUAAUUUUUGAUUAGUAAUAUGCAUUGCUAAGAACUUUAUUUGGACAACUUUAAAGCUGACUUUCUCAAUAUAAGAUUUUUUUGCAACCUCACAUUCCAGAUUUUCAAAUAGUUGUAUCUCAGCUAAAUAUUGUCCUAUCCUAAAACCACACAUCAAUGGAGAGCUUAUUUAUUCAGCUUUCAGAUGAUGUAUAAAUCCAAAAAAAUGACCCUUAUGAAUAUUUUUGUGGUCCAGGGUCACAUUUUAACGAUGUCCUUACUACCUUUCUGGGCCUUGAACAUAGUAGUUGCGUUGCUGUCAAUGUGGGAUCAGAAAGCUCUUGGAUUUCAUCAAAAAUAUCUUAAUUCGUGUUCCGAGGACAAAUGAACUUUUUACAGAUUUGGAACAACAUGAGGGUGAGUAAUUAACGACAGAAUUUUCAUUUUUGGGUGAACUAUGCUUUUAAGUGAAGACUCUGUCCCAGACCAGUUAGCUUGUCAUUCGGCCAAUCCUAUCUGAUUGAAGCCACUGUCUGAUUUCAUAAGAGUCUGUAAACUUCAUCCCUUUAAGUAUAGGAGAAUGGAAGGAAGAGAGUGACAGCAAGCUACACUAAAAAAUGCUGGGUUAAAAACAAACCAACUUGGGUUAUUUGGCAACCCAGCACUGGGUAAAUAUUGGACAGAACACAUGCUGGGUGGUUUUGACUGAGCUCGUUUAACAAGCAUUUUAGAAAUAAAAAACGGAACAUUUAAAAGUAGCAUUGUAAUUUAAGUGUGUUCAGCCGUUUUCUGUAAUCAUGUUUCACCGAAAUAGCGCUAAUUCUCCCAUUUGGGUUUAAAAACAACAAAAAAAAAACAGCAUUAGAGUGUAGGUUAUCCAUGAAGUCAUGGAAUUCAGUUGGUUUUAUAGGGUUGACAAUCAAGGCGUUGUCUGUUUUUGCAAAGAAGAAAUGAAUCACUUGUGAAGUUAAAAAAAAAAAAAAAUCAAAUAUAC